AUGACCUACUCAGAGGUCAUGGCAAAGGCGGUCGCUGGCGUGCGGUUACGGGAUGUCGGGGUAACCGGCAUCCGGUACCGCAAGGGGCAGACCGGGUCCUCCAUUUUGGAGAUCCCGGGCCCGGACAGCGCUGCCGGGGCGGACCGCCUGGCCGGUCGCCUGGCGGAGCUGUUCGCCGGCACGGACGUGAGGGUGUCCAGGCCGAUUAAAUCCGCCGAGGCGCGGGUUAGCGGCCUGGACGAAUCCGUCACGGCCGACGGCGUGGCGGCGGCAGUUGCCGCGGUAACCGGGUGCCCGGUGGACAGGGUCCAAACCGGCAUCAUCCGGCGUUCCGGGUCGGGGCUGGGCACCGUCUGGCUCCGCUGCCCGGCGGCUGCCAUGAAGGCCCUCCUGGCGACUGGCCGCCUGCUCGUCGGCUGGUCGUUCGCCCGAGUGGAGGCCUUGCCCGCGCGAGCCCUCCGAUGCUUCAGGUGCCUGGAGCUCGGGCACGUGCGGCAGAAAUGCCCCUCGAGGCGGACCGCGGGGACCGGUGCUACAGCCAACCUCAACGACUCGGCCAGGGCGCAGGACUUAUUUAUCCACUGCCUGGCCGAGUUAGGUGUGGGGUUGGCGGUCGCCGCGGUGCCAUACCGCGUCGCCGACCGCCCGAACUGGGUGGCCGACGCGUUGGGCUCCGUGGUGAUAGUGGGCAGCGACACCGCGGCCCUCCGCGUGUUCGCCCGCGGCGACGGGUUCGUCGGGGCGGAGUGCGGCGGCCUGGCCCUGAUCGGGGUCUACGCCCCUCCGAGUGCCCCCCUCGCGGCGUUCGAGUGGCUGCUGGACGGGAUCCGGGACGCAUUGUCCCGCUCUCCAGUAGCCCGAAUGCUCGUGCUGGGCGACUUCAACGCCAAGUCCACGGCGUGGGGUGGCCCGGCAACGGACGCGAGGGUUCGGGCGGUGCUGGAGUGGGCGACGCCAGCCGCCUCGCGUCUCGUGUCGGGAUGGGGGGUAGCGGAGGAGGUGGAGUCCCUUAGUGACCACCUCUACAUCCUUAUGGAUGUCUCCGCUGCCCCUCGGUACCAUCCCGCUCGCGGACCCGCGCCGGGCCGACCGCCGCGCAGAUGGGCGCUGAAGCGCUUGGAGAAGGACGCCCUGAUGGCGGCCGCCCUCGCCGCGUCCUGGCCGGAUGCCCCGGCUGGACCGGUCGCGGACGUCGAUCAGGAAGCUGACUGGUUUCGGGAGUCAUUGACGGCGGCGUGCGACGCCGCCAUGCCCCGAGCCAGGAAGCUAUCGAGGCGGGCUGCAUACUCGUGGAGCGACGAGAUUGCCGCGUUGCGUGCUACAUGCAGCGCGGCGCGACGUCGCUUCACGAAGGCCCGCCGGAGACGGAACCGCGACCCGGCAAGGGAGGCGGCGCUGUAUGAAGUCUACCGAGAGGCCACGGUGGACCUCCAGCGCGCCAUCAGGAGGGCCAAGGCGAGCGCCUGGGGAGAGCUCCUCCGGACUCUGGACAAGGAUCCAUGGGGGCGGCCCUACCGCAUUGUGCUGGGCUGCAUGCGCCCGGCCGCCCCCCCUGUCACGGAGUCCCUCGACCCCCCCGUUCUGGAGCGUAUCGUGGAUACCCUCUUUCCUGUAGAUCCGGAGGAGGGUCCGCGGCCGCUCCUGCCGGCGGAGGCCAGUAACUGGUCCGCCGGCCUGGGGGUCACCGAGGAGGAGCUCUGGAUGGCCGUCGGGCGAAUCGUGGCCAGGAAUACGGCACCAGGGCCCGACGGCAUCCCUGGGCGGGCGCUCGCUUUGGCGCUGCGCGUCCUGGGUACCCAGCUCAGGCGGCUGUUCGACGGCUGCCUAGAGUGGAUCGAGUACCCUGGCAGAGGCGUGGUGCCGAUGCGUCGGAGGGCCAGCCGAGGCGUGCCCCAGGGGUCCGUUUUAGGACCCCUGUUAUGGAACUUUGGGUACGACUCGGUGUUGCGCGGGCUCCUCCCACCCGGUGUCUUUGUGGUCUGCUACGCAGACGACACAUUGAUCAUCGCGGUGGGUCGGGAUGGGACCAGGGUCCACAGGCUGGCGGAACUAGCGGCCGCGAUCGUGGUCGCGAGGAUCCAGGCUCUGGGGCUUCGGAUCUCGCCGCAAAAGACGGAG